CUUAGUGGAAUUUAUAGAACACCGUACGUAAUGUAGUUACUAGGGGCUCAGGAGACAGUUUCCGUCCUUGAAGAGGGAAGUGUCAUUUAAAACCAAAAUUAUACCAGGCGUUUAGUUAUAUUGUUUCCAAAGGUUCAAUAGCGUCAAGUGUGAACUUUGCAUAGUUGGGAAAUAAUUGCUUGAGCCGUAUCCAGAGGUCGAUUCAGUUGUUUUGAGAGAGCUUCGAGUGAUCUGGCCCACGAAUGAGACGAACAUGCUUAUCAAUACUACAACAACACCCCCGGUACUAACCGUUGCCGAGCCACUGGGAUCCAAUAUCUUUCGAUUAAUUGUGUACACAACUAUAUUUCUUUUCACCGUCACUGGAAAUGUAUCUGUACUUGCUGUCGUUUACAAGAUAAGGGAGCUUCAUACAGUGACAGGUUACCUCAUUGCAAACCUUGCUGUGGCUGAUUUGAGUGUCGGCAUCCUAAACAUCCCCUUCACGGUUCUUUAUUUUGAACUUCGUUAUUGGCCAUUUGGGUACGUCCUGUGUAAGAUCAUUCCCACGACACAGGCGAUGUCUGUGAUGGCUUCCAUUGGAACACUAACGGCUAUAAGUCUGGAUCGUUAUCGAGCGAUAGCGUAUCCAUACGAGCCCCGCAUUACAUUAUACCAAGCGCGUUUCAUCAUUGUUGUCGUGUGGCUGACCGCAACUUUAGUUGGCCUACCAAUCAUCGCAGUGAUGCAGUUAGGGGAAGGUCAGAGUGGUCUCUUGUGUGAGGAGGGUGGAUGGCCCAGUGAGACAUUCAGAGAUAUUUACACUCUUCUGUCAUUUUGUCUAACAUAUGCCAUACCACUACCAACCAUAGCAGUGUUCUAUACCAUAAUUGUAAUGAAACUUAAUAAGGCUGCAAGGGAAACGUCGGACAGGGAAGGAUUUAGAACAGCGAAAGCCAAAGGAAAGGUGAUAAAGAUGUUGAUAAUCGUGGUGAUCUUGUACUUUCUGUGUUUUCUGCCUUACCACGUCACAUAUUUGUGGUAUGAGUUUGGAGAAGGAGAAAAGUACAAGGGAAUAUGGAUUCUGUUCUCCUAUUGCCACUUGCUGGUGUACGCAAACAGUGCGGUGAACCCUGUGUUGUAUGGUUUUCUAAGUGAACAGUUUCGAAGAGGAUUUGCCCGUCUCGUGACUUGCUGUAGAAUCUGGAGCAAAGAUUACAAGGUUUCAAGGUAUCCAUACGCCAGCAGCAUUUCACGCGUCAUCGAGAGACCGACGACAAUUUGCCAAUCAGUGUCUGUUUGGAUAUAAAGAGCUACAUAGAGAGCAACAGAGAAGAUGAUCCUCGUUCAGAAUGUUCAGAAUGUUCCACUCGUGCCAAGUAAAACAGACGACGACCACUUUCGAGUUGUAUCUUGCAUCUGAAUUUAUUGAUGUUCUCUCCGGCGUCUUUGAGAUCAUACGUGUAUUCACACAUUUGUGUCUUUACAUACUCUUUUGUCAUCUAAAAUUGACAAAAGCCUUCUCUUUUGCCUUUUCUUUUUUUGGCUCAUUUCUCUCUGAAUUUAUCCUCCAACAUCGUCUACAAGCGCAACUUGUCAAGGGUUUCCCUCAGUGAGGGUAGAAACUGGGUAAUCUGCACCAGACCAUUCUCAAGAACCACUACUUUCCGCCCUCUGUCCCCAUUUUAAUUAAAUGAAGACCAUGCCAAAAACAAAAUAAUAAUAAUAAUAAUAAUAAUACAGCUGGCUCCAUUUAAAGUACAAAAACAUAUUUUGGAUGACUACAAAAGACAUACAUUGCAUCAGGCUCUCCAUAUGUUGCAAACCGUUAAACAGUUACUAUUCAUCUUGUAUACCUCCGAUCUCAUCGUAUUUCAUUACUUCGUGACUAUUUAUUUCAGCUCCGACGAAGGGCUAACGCUCGAAACGUCAGCUUUUGUAAUCAUUACGGUGGCCAAUUUACCAUUUC